UGAAUACAUGAGUGUUUUUUUUUUUUUUACAGUGUUUGAAAAAAGCAGUACUACUCGUCCUCCAGUAACUCCCAGCACAUCUGAUGAUGAUGACGCUGCGGAAGCAGGUCCAUCAAAAGAAGUCUGGAGCAGCAGAAGUGGGACUUCUGUAAGACAUCACCAGAUAAAACCUGUGGCAGCAAAUAAAGCAAGGUCUGAUGUCCAGGGCCAACCACAGCAGGCUACCCCGCCACGAAGAUUAUCGACAGUAUGUUCGGUCCCCCCACUCCAAAUUUUGGACACACCUCCAAGACGUCAUCCACACUCCUCUCAUCUUGAUUCUUCUAGUCCUGGUAACAGCAUCCCUCCACAACAACAGCAACACAGUGACAUGAAGGAGACAAUCAUCUUAGAAAUGCAGCCAUUAAGCCAAGGAAUCAGCCCCCCAGCACCUGUGAGUACACCACCACAGGAAAGCACACCACCACCACAACACAGCCCAACAACACCAGUAACACAAGGCCCUGAUCAGGUGUUUUGGACCAUUUGGGCUAGACAGCAGGCCACUAAUGAAGAUUGCCUGCGUAGGCAGACACAAAUGUUUGCAAGCAUACCAUGUCACCUCAGAAGAAUAACCAGAAACAUGAGUAGACAAAAUGAACAAACAACCAGAAUUGGCAAUACCAUGGAACUCAUGCGUACAGACAUUACACAGGUCAUGGGCAACUUACAGCGCAUAAUGGAAGAACAGCACAGACUAAUGGAAGAAAAGCACAGACAACAGCAAAGUUAUAUGAACAUUUUUCAAAACAAUCAAAAGAUUCAUGAAAGUUUAUUCCGAAUUGUAGACAAUCAAAAUGCUGCUACACGUGAACUCAUUGCCACCCUCACUAACCUGAAUGAAACAUUCAGAUCCAUGCACCAACAGCAAACAAGCAGCAGUUCUGGUACGACUACUCCAAAUAUCACGCCAGUCUCAUCACCACGAAGACGCUCCACCAGAGCACGACAACAUGACAGUGCUAAAGGCAAAGGGCAGGACAAGCAGGCACCCAAAAAAUUUUAACACAAAACAAACGAAUUUUACAUUUCUGAGAAGUAAUUCAAAAUAGUUAGUAAGUGUAUGUUUGGCAAAAUAUAUAUAACACUUAGCUCCUUGACAAUUUAUACAAUAUCAUUAAUUAUAAGUGGUACAAACAACAGCAUAAAAUUUGUACGCACAUUUUUUCUUUACCAUCUUUGUUUUCUUUUGGAGGAGGGAAAUGUUGUUGGAGCUGCACAUACAUGUUAGCAGGAAGUAACCAGACCACUUGAUUUUUUUCUAAUCAUUACUCUUUCUAGAUUCCGAUCAUUCUCCUAUCCUGCACACACAAUCAUUGCCAGGCAGCCACAUACAUGUUAGCAGGAAGUAACCAGACCACUUGAUUUUUUUCUAAUCAUUACUCUUUCUAUAUUCCAAUCAUUCUCCUAUCCUGCACACACAAUCAUUGCCAGGCAGCCACAUACAUGUUAGCAGGAAGUAACCAGACCACUUGAUUUUUUUCUAAUCAUUACUCUUUCUAGAUUCCAACCAUUCUCCUAUCCUGCACACACAAUCAUUGCCAGGCAGCCACGUACAUGUUAGCAGGAAGUAACCAGACCACUUGAUUUUUUUCUAAUCAUUACUCUUUCUAGAUUCCAAUCAUUCUCCUAUCCUGCAGCCAAUCCACAUUAAAAUGUGAUUGUUAACUAUUUUACCUUUCUUCUCUAUACAACAUUACAAGAAUAACACAAUUGAGUUGCGUAAAAAGCUUUUAAUAUGUUGUCAUUGAAUUGAGAUAAUUCAUUGCCAAAAUGAAUGUCAUUAUUGUUGGGCCAUGUUUGUGUGUGUUAAAAAUGAGUAAUAAUGUUAUUACACAUGUUGCAGAAACCAAAAAAUAAUACAUUUUUAACCAAAAAAAUAAUAAUGUGUAUAAUAAUGUAUAUAUGUGACAAACUGUGUAUUUACUUACAAAUCAGCAAGUUUACUGCAGCAAACAUUACGAAAUAAAUUAUUUUGGAUGAGAGUAAGUUUGUGUCCCUAAAAUCUGAUGGAGUAUCACACAUAGGGACACAUGUAUUCCUCAAGGCUAACAUAUUAUAUGUUGAGGACUGUUUAUUUAGAACACAGGUUCUCAAACUCGGCCCU